GAAAACAGUCAAAAGAAAACCUCCUUGUACUACCCGCAUAAGCCACAUUACCCCGCGACUGGUGUAGGGUGGUAAACGCGCGUCCUUAUUCUACCCGCACAUCCUUAUGCUUUGCCGCAUUUGUUUCCGGAAAGAUACAGAUAUGGCGACGGCGGCGGCGUUUCUUACCGUCUGCUAGGAAGCAGAAAUCGGGUAAGAACGAAUUGUUGUUACAAGGACGGGAACAUAAAUCGCUACUACAUGGAUGUGGGCGGGCUCGACUCUGAGGGGCGUGAGUUCAGAAAUGCAGAGGAGAUGUGGCGAGAAGAAGCGGGAGAUGAUGGAAGCAAAUCUCAGUGGUACAGCUCUGCUAUUCGUUAUUGGGAGAAUGUGGAUGCAACCGUCGAUGGAGUGCUGGGCGGGUAUGCGAAUGUGAAUGAUGCGGACGUAGCUGCAAGUAAUGCAUUUCUCACUACCAUUUUGGCUGAAAGGUUUCCAGCUCAGAGGGACGCUGCAAGUCCGGCUUCCCGCAUCGUAGCUCUUGAUUGUGGCUCUGGAAUUGGAAGGGUCACCAAGAAUGUGCUUAUAAGGCAUUUUAAUGAGGUUGACCUCCUUGAGCCUGUGCCACAUUUUUUGGAGGCUGCUCGUGUGAGUUUGGCUCCUGAAAAUUUAACUGCGCCUGGGAUGAACCGAGUUGCCAAUUUUUUCUGUGUUCCACUUCAGGACUUCACUCCUGAGGCAGGAAGAUAUGAUGUUAUAUGGGUUCAGUGGUGUAUUAACCAACUUGCUGAUGAUGACUUCAUUGCAUUUUUCAAGAGAGCAAGGAUUGGGCUUAAACCUGGUGGUCUUUUUGUAUUGAAGGAAAACAUUGCGAAAAGAGGCUUCGUAUUGGACAACACAGAUAAGAGUAUCACCAGGUCGGAUAACUAUUUCAAGGAGCUCUUCAAUCAAUGCGGACUUUAUAUUUACAAGAUGAAGGAUCAAAAGGGGUUCCCUGUUGAAUUAUUUGCUGUAAAGAUGUAUGCAUUGACAACAGAGAUGCCCAAACCCAAACGAUCAUUUGACAACAGACGCAAAUCUAAACGGCUGUCUAAUCAACCUGCCAUCAUCAAGGAGGAGAUAUGAUAUCUGGUCUUGGGAUAUCUGCUUUAUAUGUGGAGCCAGGCAAUUUUUGAGCAGUUUCAAGUUACUUUUUUCCCUUCCCUUCAAUUAAUUAAGAGCAUUUGAGUGAUUGAGUCUGCAUAAAAAAUAACUGUCCAGCCUGUCAAAAACAUUUACCAGCUCUCAUUCCUUAUGCUCCUCCAUCCCUAUUUGCUUAAAUGCUUUGAUUUGCGGUGUCUGACUUCGCACCCAGUUUAUUACUAUAAAACUAUGAGGAUAUAUUUUUUCUUUUUAAAUGAAAGAAUUAAUAUCUACCACAAAAUUCUUUCAUUUGAAGAAUAAUUAUAUAGACUAAAAAAGAAAAGAUGCUAGUUAAAAAAAGCAUUCCUUUUUUAGUCAUUCAAGUUGUGGUCGUGCUGUUAGUGUCUUGAACAUCCAACUUCUGAUGUAGUAAUGUCCAACUUACAAAAGCCUCCAUUAAAUAGCAUACACUCCAUAUUAAA